CGCUCAUUAAUGAACUGGUAACUGUGUAUUCAAUAAACUAUUCGCAAACGAGUUUAAAAUUAUUUCCAAAGGAUGUGUUACAGUUGAGAUGUGAAUUGGAACAAACAUUCAAAGAUGAACCGUGAAAUACUCUUUAUACUCGCCGCUCUAUUCGUCGUUUUCUCGAUCCAGACAACAGAUUUCCAGGAUAAUUUAAUAAACGGCUAUCGCACGUUAAUAGCCGACAUUCAAGUGAGGACACAAAAAUCUCGGGAGGACAUGGACACGUUAGUGUCGCAAAUAAAACUCCUCAUGAAAAACGAAGCCGACAAAGCGAUAAAUUAUAUGACGGUGUACCUCGAACAGAUAUCGCUGUACUUUCAGGUCAUAAUUCACGAUCGUAAACCGCGCAACGGCACUUAUUGCAAGGAGAGCAUCGUAAAACUGUUGGGCGAGAAUCUGCAGCUCGCUGAUGAGAACGUUACGCUCUGCUUGGCUCUGGGCUAUCAGAGGGUACAGAGAUUGCCAGAGAAGUUGCAAGUUCAUUUCGAAACUUUGGAGAAUCUUAAGAAAUAUUCGGCGUCGAAGUUGUUCGAAUGUCAGAAGCAACAACAAGUUGGCGGGAAUUGCUCCCACGAAAGUCAAGAUCUCGAGAGGACUGUGUUUCUCUACGAAACAUCACCAUUUCCUGUAGUAAUGGCGGAGAUAGCUAUUCAUGGGUUCAAAGAAGUUUCAGACUUAAGUGUAUGCCUAAAAGACAUAAUUUCAAGAAUGAUGACACACUCCGUGAAGGUCAUCGGUGACUUCAAUAGAUGUAUUCACAAUAUUGAAAUGCCGAAAUUGAAAUAUUUAUUGAAGUUUAUGAAGAAGUAUGCUUGAAUUAAUAACAUAGAAGAUACUUAGAUAACACGCUUUUGAAAAGUUUAUGUGGUGAAGUUUUUGUCAUGGAUAUAAAUAAUUUUGUCAAUAAAACAU